AUGCUUCGCAGAUUGUCUAAAACGUUUCGGAAAGACCGUAAGAAAGAGAAAGGAGAAGUAAAUGGAUUUGCUGAGGAAAAUGAUAAUGUCAAGGAGUCUGAGCCAGAGCACGUGGAUCACUCCUCCGAACGGGAGGGUGUGAGCUCAACGUUUGCACAGUUCGCCCAGAUCAUCCACGCAUCUCACAGACCUCUCCCAACACAGACCGGAGAUGGCUCCUAUCUCAAUAAAGAAGAACCCAGCGGGCUUUUAGCAGAUAUCAAGAAGAUGGGGUUCAAGGAUGUCGCGGCUUUGAAGGAGGUCAUUGCGAGCAAGGCCAAAGGGGAGCUCGUGGAUGACAAGACUUAUAUCAUGGAGCGUGUGAUUCAGCUUGUGAGCGGCCUUCCUCCGCUAUCGAAGAACCGUGUCGAAUUGACCAAUGCGUUCGUUAAUGAGCUAUGGAACUCUCUCCAACACCCACCUCUAUCGUACCUUGGGGAAAAAUUUACGUACCGUCAAGCGGAUGGGUCUUACAACAAUAUCAUGUUUCCUCAUCUCGGUGCCGCAAACACUCCUUAUGCUCGCAGUGUCCAGCCCAAGACGAUUCAGCCAGGAGCCCUUCCAGAUCCCGGGCUUGUAUUUGACAGCAUCUUUGCACGGAACACGUUUACAAAGCACCCAAACAACGUCUCAAGCAUCCUUUUCUACUGGGCGUCUUUGAUUAUACACGAUCUUUUCCAGACCGACCACAAGGAUAUCACCAACUCUCAGACUUCCUCAUACCUAGACCUUUCUCCGCUCUACGGAGACAAUCAGGAGGACCAGAACAAUAUCAGGACGUUCAAGGACGGCAAAUUGAAAGCUGACUGUUUCUCUGAGCAGCGCAUGCUAGGGUUCCCUCCUGGAUGUGGCGUCUUGCUGAUUAUGUUCAAUCGUUUCCAUAAUUAUGUGGUAGAGCAACUUGCCAUGAUCAACGAGAAUGGUCGUUUCACUAAGCCUAGUGACAACCUGAGUAGAGAAGCGACUGAGAAGGCUUGGGUGAAGUACGAUAACGAUCUCUUCCAGACUGGACGACUCAUCACGUGCGGGUUGUACAUGAAUAUUACACUGCUUGACUAUCUCCGAACAAUCGUCAACUUGAAUCGAAGCAACACCACUUGGACUCUCGAUCCCCGAGUGGAUAUGGAAAAGCUCUUUGGUAAAGACGGCACUCCUAGGGGAGUCGGUAACCAAGUCUCUGCCGAAUUCAACUUGGUAUAUCGCUGGCACUCGGCCACUAGUCUUCGAGAUGAAGAGUGGACGGAGGCCAUGUACAGAGACAUGUUCGGCAAGCCUGCGUCCGAGGUCUCAAUGCACGAGCUCAUGAUGGGCCUUGGCAAAUGGGUUGCUGAACUGGAUGCUGAUCCUCAGAAGCGCCCAUUCGCUGGACUUCAACGUGGAUAUGAAGGGAAGUAUAGCGAUGACGACCUCGUCACAAUUCUUGUGGAUAGUAUCGAGGACUGUGCUGGUUCUUUCGGGGCCAACAACGUGCCCAAGGCCCUGCGCGCAGUAGAAAUCAUGGGGAUGAUGCAAGCUCGAAAAUGGGGGCUCGCGACUCUCAACGAGUUCAGGAAGUUCUUCGGGCUUAAGCCUCACGACACGUUCGAGAGCAUCAACUCCGACCCUGAGGUCGCGCGUCAGCUUAAGCACCUUUAUGAACAUCCAGACUUUGUGGAAAUGUAUCCUGGCCUUGUUGCCGAAGAAGCCAAAGUACCUAUGGUGCCUGGCGUUGGUAUUGCUCCGACUUUCACUAUUUCUCGAGCCAUUCUGUCGGACGCCGUCGUCUUGGUUCGAGGCGAUCGAUUCUACACGAUCGACUACCACGCAAAGAACCUUACAAAUUGGGGUUACAGUGAAGCUCAAUACGACCUCAGCAUCGAGCAAGGUUGUGUUUUCUACAAGCUUUUCCUGCGCGCUUUCCCUCAACACUUCAAGCCCAACUCGAUCUACGCUCAUUUCCCAAUGACAAUUCCAUCCGAGAAUAGGAAGAUCAUGAAGAGCCUUGGACGUGAGAGCCAUUACUCUUAUGAUCGUCCUGCAUUCAUUGAGCCGCGAGUUAACCUCAUCAGCUACCUUGGUGCAAAAACUGUGCUCGAUCAACAGGACCUUUUCAAGGUUACUUGGGGAGCCACCACCGAAGAGCUCUUUGGCAAGGGCGGCGCGCUCUUCAUGCUGUCUGGAGAUACGCCUCUCCACACAAAGCAGCGCCAAAUAAUGGCGAAAUCUCUGUACCGGGACAACUGGCAAAAUGCCGUCAAGGACUUCUAUGAAUACAUCACGAUCCGUCUUCUCCACGAGAAGUCCUUCAAGAUUGCAGGUACCAAUCACGUCGACAUCACUCGAGACGUCGGCAACCUCGCUCACGUCCACUUCGCAUCCAACAUUUUCUCGCUGCCCCUAAAAACCGCUGAAUGGCCUCACGGUAUCUUCUCCGAACACGAGAUGUACAUGGCCAUCGCUGUAAUCUUUAUCUGCAUAUUCUUUGACUUCGACGUUGUAAAGUCCUUUCCCUUGCACAUAGCCGCUCGCGCGGUUUCCAAGUCCCUCGGGAAACUAGUUGAAGCGAAUGUCAAAACUGUCAAGGCGAGUGGGUUCUUAGCGAGUAUCUGGGAUGAGACGAUGGAUAGUAUUAAGGGAGGUCAGAGGAUGUAUUUGAAAGACUAUGGAGUGCAUAUGAUUAUGCGGUUGUUGGAGAGCGGGUUGAGUGUGGAGGAAGUGGCUUGGAGUCAGAUGUUGCCGGUUGCGUGUGCUAUGGUGCCGAAUCAGGCGCAGGUUUUCACGCAAGCUCUUGACUUCUACCUCUUCCCCGAAAACGCCCAACACCUCUCUGAGCUGCACCGCCUCUCACACCUCAACACACCUGAAGCUGACAACCUAAUCCAACACUAUCUAAUGGAAGGCAUUCGUCUCGCCGGCACCUUCGGCUCAUACCGCGAAUAUGCACCUUCCAACCCAUCGGCCGCAUCCAAUAUAGCCAUCAACGACGGCCCCAACCGCACCAUUCCCAUAAAACCCGGCUCCAAAAUCUUCUGCUCCUUCGUCGGCGCUAAUAGAGACCCCUCGCUCUUUCCCUCCCCAGACACCGUCAUCCUCGACCGCCCCCUCGAAUCAUAUAUCCACUACGGCAUCGGUCCGCACGCCUGUCUCGGAGAAGACGCAUCCCGGAUCGCUCUUACAACCAUGCUCAAAACGGUUUGCAAGCUUAAAAAUCUACGGCGCGCGCCGGGUGAGAAGGGGGUCUUGAAGAAAGUCCCAAGGCCAGGCGGGUUUUAUGUGUAUAUGCGCGAGGAUCACGGGAGUUAUUUUCCGUUUCCGUUGACGUGGCAGGUUUGUUGGGAUGGGGACUUGCCGGCGGUGCCGAGGUUACACUAG